AUGGUAUCCGUACGUGAUGGCGAAACUGAUGUUGGACCAGAAACUGAAGGAGACCCAUACGAUGACCUACUGCUCGCAGGCAAGGCAAAACACCCAUCGUCGAACCCGUGUGAGAAUGAUGGCGAGAAGGUGCCCUCUGCGGUCGAAGCCCCAAAGGUAGCGCCGGUGGAAGGUACGAUAUAUCAGCACUUUUACAUACGUUUGCUUACAUCCGAACUCUCAGCCGCCAGUCAGCACGACCAUGCAGAGGCGCAAGUCCCCUCUAAGCGGGUCGAAUGUCUUGACAAAGAGGUGAACGUGGCUCUCGCGAAAGCCAAAGCCAAGGUCGUCAUCACGAUGUUCUGCAGCGUGGUUAUCAGUCAGGGUCUCGCCACGAUUGUCGCCAUGGUCAUGGCUGCCGUGGCGAUCGGACAGGCCCUGCUUCUCAUGUUCUUCUCGCUCAUUGUCAUGAUGUGGUUCAUGGAGAGCAUCAUCAAAGACUUGUAG